AUGAGAAAGUCAAAGAAGAAUCUACCUCCGGGGCCACCAACAUUUCCUAUAAUUGGCAACUUGCACCAAUUGGGAUCGCAUCCUCAUCGUUCAAUGUUCGAAUUAUCCAAAAAGUACGGUUCUCUGAUGUCCGUGAAGUUUGGAAGUGUAUCUACCGUUGUGGCAUCAACAUCAGAGGUUGCAAAGGAUAUAUUGAAAACAUUCGAUAUAGAUUGUUGUUCUCGUCCUUAUUUGACUUAUCCUUCAAGGAUUACGUACAAUCAAAAUGAUCUCAUCUUUGCUCCUUACAACAAAUACUGGAGGGAAGUACGAAAGAUGACAUUCGUUGAACUCUACACCGCGAAAAGGGUACAGUCGUUUCGACAUGUAAGAGAAGAAGAAGUUGCAUCCUUUGUUGAUUUCAUCAAGGAAUCUGCUUCAUUGGAGAACCCUAUUAACUUCAACCAGAAGUUAUUGAAAUUAUCAGGAAGUGUGAUGUGUAGGGUUGGAUUUGGAAUAAAUCUUAAAGGGAGUGAACUUGAGAACACUUAUGAUGAAGUCCUUGUAGAAACUACGGAGGUGUUGGCGAGUUUGGCUGCAAGGGAUUACUUCCCCGUUAUUGGUAGACUCAUAGAUAGGAUUACGGGGUUGCAUAGCAAAUGUGAGAAAGUCUUUAAGACAUUGGAUUCGUUUCUUGAGCAAGCUAUAAAGCAUCACCUAGAAGAUGAAGAUACUACUAAAGAUGAUAUCAUUGACUUGCUACUCAAGAUGGAAAGUGGAGAGAUUGGACUUGGAGAGUUUCAACUUACUCGCAACCACACUAAGGGGAUUCUUGUGAAUGUUCUUGUUGCUGGAAUAGACACUUCUGCUCAAGCUAUGGUAUGGAUGAUGGCACAUUUGAUUGCAAACCCAAGAGUUAUGAAGAAAGUGCAAGCGGAGGUGAGAGAAGUGAUCCAAGACAAAGACAAUAUCACAGAAGACGAUAUAGAACGACUUGAGUAUCUCAAGAUGGUGAUUAAAGAAUCUUUUAGGAUAUCACCUAUUGUGCCACUUCUAGUUACAAGAGAGGCUACAAAGGAUGUAAAGAUUGCUGGUUACGACAUUCCUAAGAACACAUGGAUCCAUGUCAACCUUUGGGCUAUUCAUAUGAAUCCAAAUGAUUGGAAAGAUCCAGAAGCUUUCAUCCCGGAGAGGUUUAUGGAUAAUCAGAUUGACUAUAAAGGUCAAAACUUUGAGUUGUUGCCUUUUGGUAGCGGAAGGAGAGUGUGCCCUGGUAUGGGUAUGGGUAUGGCUUUGGUACAUUUGACUCUUAUCAAUCUUCUUUACCGUUUUGAUUGGAAGCUUCCAGAAGGAAUGGAGUCAAAGGAUGUUGAUCUUGAAGAAACAUAUGCACUUGUCUGUCCUACGAAGGUACCACUUCAACUUAUCCCGGUCCUUACCCAAUGGACUUGA